UAAGCAUAGGAAUUAUAUUGCAGUAGUGAAGAGUGGCAUUAUAUGUGUGUAAUUAUGUAUGUAUGUACGUAUCUACGUCGUCGUCGUUGGAGUUGGAAGGAUCAUCCAUCGUCCACUAAGCGCAAGGGAGAAAUCUGAUUCGGCGGAGGAUGAAUAAUGUUUUAAGAUAUGUAGGCGAUAUGAUGCAUUUGAUAAGUGUUGUGGUACUUCUUCUCAAAAUCUACGCCACCAAAUCCUGCUCCGGGAUUUCCUUGAAGACUCAAGAGUUGUAUGUGAUUGUAUUCCUGGCUCGAUACCUUGCAUUUCCCUACUUUAUUUCAGUUUACAACGUUGUGAUGAAACUAGUGUUCAUUGGGAGCUCUUUGGCAAUUGUAUGGUGCAUGAAAUAUCACCAAGUUGUGAGGCAAUCCUAUGACCGUAAUCUCGACACUUUUAGGCAUUAUAUUCUAGUGGGAGUUAGCUUUUUGUUGGCUCUUCUUGUUCACGAGAUGUUCUCAUUUCAGGAGAUAGUUUGGGCAUUUUCUAUAUACUUGGAGACAGUCACAAUUCUACCACAGUUGGUUCUUUUGCAAAGAAGUGGAAAUGUGGACAAUCUAACUGGACAAUACAUAUUAUUUCUCGGAGCCUAUCGAUUGUUCUACAUCUUGAACUGGCUGUAUUACUAUUUCACAGGGAUGUAUAUCAGUAGAUGGAUAGCCUUUGUAGGUGGACUAGUCCAAACAGCUCUUUAUGCAGAUUUCUUCUACUACUACUUUAUCAGCUGGAAAAAUAAUGAGAAACUAAAGCUACCCACAUGAGAUAUAAGAACGGCGAAAAUUGAGGAGUCUUGGCUUGUAUGCUUAUGAACAUAACCAAUUGAAAGAUUUUGAUUUGAGUUAAUAUGGUGGCCUCUGCUUUAACCUUCUCUUCUGACACAGAAACAAAGGCCAUGGUAGCUCAUGUUUCAAGCACAGGUUUUCGAACAACUCUAAACUUACAGUAGAGACCGUUAAAAUGAACAGACAUUCUUCUAAUCAGGGCAAAAGACAUUCUUUUGUAUAUCUCCUCUGUUUUCUCAGAGAAAUUUUGGAUUCUGUUGAUAAACAAUCUUUUCUACUGCACUUUGUAGUGUAUGCUUUCCUUUUUCAUCCAGCCUGUGCGAUGGCAUGCACUCUUGAAACAUGUUGAAGCAGGCUACUGA